AUGGGCGGAGGCGGAGUGCAGUCGCAGCAGGCGGAGGCGGCAGAGGAGCAGUAUGUGAAGGCCAAGGUUUCGGUGUGGUGGGACAUCGAGAACUGUCAGGUGCCGCAGAAUUGCGAUCCACACGCGAUUGCGCAGAAUAUAAGCUCAGCUCUUGUUAAGAUAAACUACUGCGGGUCUCUUUCUAUAUCAGCGUAUGGUGAUACCACCAAGAUAUCCACCGCCGUGCAGCAGGCGCUUAAUAGUACCGGCGUCGCCCUCAAUCACGUCCCUGCAGGUGUAAAAGAUGCUAGCGACAAGAAGAUUUUGGUGGAUAUGUUAUUUUGGGCAGUCGACAAUCCUGCACCUGCUAAUUAUUUGUUAAUUUCUGGAGACCGAGAUUUCUCAAAUGCUCUCCACCAGUUACGCAUGCGUCGAUAUAACAUUCUUCUGGCACAACCCCAAAAAGCGUCAGCAUCGCUUCUUGCUGCUGCAAAGAGUGUAUGGCUCUGGACAAGUCUAUCGGCUGGGGGGCCACCACUUACAAAUGUUGAUUCUGCACAGACUCUAAAUAAUGGUUACGGUCAUUUAUCUGGCUCUGACUCAUUACAAGUUCCAGUUAUUAAUUCUGUUCAUGCAAACCAGCCCGAUGAUUCUUCUCAUGGUAGUCACCAAUUGGGAAAUCAAAAAUUCUCGAAUAUGGGAAGAGGGAAUGAUGUAAAACAUAAAGGAAAGCAAAAUCGUAAAAACACGAGUCGACCUAAUAUAUCAAGAACUUCAAGUGCAAUAGGAAUUGAAGAAGAUCAUAACAAGGCCAACUUCCGUCAACCGACCUAUAGGCACCCAAUGCAGUUCAAUGAUUCCCAGGAUUUUUCUGGUACUAAUAAUCUAAAAGUUCCUGAAAAUGGACCAGGAUCCACUCCUAAUUUUACAUCUGGUAGUCCUUAUUUUUCGAGUCACAGGAGUCACCCGCCUGGUUCUUAUCAAAACCACUGUCCUCAUCCACCAAUUAGUUUCCCAUCAACUAAUCAGCACGUACUGCCUCAUUUAGCGCCCCACAGACCUGAUGCAGCCAGCUUUACAUCAGGUCCUCCAACAUAUGCACCCGAUAUUGGUAAUUUAAACAUUUCUGAAUGCCCCAGAAAUGAUCGCAAUCCUCCUCCUUCGCAACCAUGGAAUGGAGGAGAGAGAAGACCAACUUCUAUUGAGUCUGCCAACCGCGUAAACUCGAACAGUCCCCACAAAGGAUAUAAUGCUCAAAAGAACCCUCCAUUUUUUCAAGAGGCGCAGAUCAACAGGUACCCACGUGGCAGUCAAGAAAUUCCGCCACCAUCUUUUGGGAUGGAAACUACUAAUAUGUCUGGUAAUGGUCUAUGGGGGACACCAGGAUGUCCAAAACCUUCUGACUAUAUUCAAGGCCUUACUGGGGUCAUUCUGCUUGCUCUGAACACCCUUAAGAAUGAGAAGAUUGUACCCACAGAGGAAAACAUUGCUGAUUGCAUUAGAUAUGGAGAUCCUCGACAUCGUAAUAUUGAUGUUAAGAAGGCUCUAAUGAGUGCCGUUGAGCAGCAGAUGGUAGUACAGCAGAAGUUAGGUUCUUUGCAGUUGUAUAUUAAAAAGGAUGAGAAACUAUGGCAAUGCGUGGACGCGGCUGGCAAAGCAAAGCAGCACCCAAAGGUGACAUGGUACAAAAUUCAGAAAUUUCUGUCAUCUGCUGAUGGACGAUCUGCAAUACUGAGAACUCAGUGCAGGUACGAGGCAGCUACAGUAAUGAAAAAGAUGUGCUUAAAAGAGCUUGCUUUGGGUGAAGUUCUACAGAUUUUGCACAUGCAUUCUAUGUACCUGUACCACAAAGACAGCCCUUUCAUUGUUGUCAUCUGGUUAAGACUCUUUAAUGAGUUCUGGUGGCAGAAACCACUGGCAUUUGAUGGGAUUUUCAAGAUCUGGAAUUUGAAGGCUACUGUUCUGAAUUCUUUUCUGAAAAAGAGUUUUCGGGAUCCUGAGAGAUGGGUCUGGGAAGUUGUUGGAAUCAUUGUUGGGUUGGUGAUUGUGGCUAUCCUUUUUGCAUUAACCUAUUAUCUUACUUCACAAAAGAAAUCGAGAAGAUCUCUAGACAAGCUCCCCCUUAGCCAAAUACCAACUGUUUCAAAAGAAAUUAAAGAGGUACGGGUAGAACAAGUAUCAACUAAUGAAUUUGUUCAACGUGAUGGGAUUCUUCUGGCCAUUCAUGAUAAAUCCAGUGACAAGGAAUCGGACAAGGUUUUGGUCCAUAUGGAAAUGCCGAAAGUAAAGAAUGGAGACAACAGCAGUCGAUCUGGUUCAUGUCGUCACGUCGAUAGAGAUCAUUAUGAUAUGCAAUCAGGAGAAGAAGGAAGUUCUGGAACAUCCGCACUUUAUAAACCUUCUUCUUCUCAUCCAAUAACUGCUCCUUCGCCGUUAACUGGUCUGCCAGAGUUUUCUCACUUGGGUUGGGGCCAUUGGUUUACGCUAAGAGAUCUUGAGCUUGCAACCAACAGAUUUUCAAAGGAGAAUGUUAUUGGAGAGGGCGGGUACGGCGUUGUUUACCAUGGGCAGUUAAUUAAUGGGACUCCAGUUGCUGUCAAAAAGCUCCUCAACAACUUAGGUCAAGCAGAAAAAGAAUUUAGAGUUGAGGUUGAUGCUAUUGGCCACGUGCGUCACAAAAAUUUGGUUCGACUUCUGGGAUACUGUAUUGAAGGAACUCAUAGGAUGCUGGUCUAUGAGUAUGUCAACAACGGCAAUUUAGAACAAUGGCUUCAUGGAGCUAUGCGCCAUCACGGAUUUCUUACUUGGGAGGCCAGAAUGAAGGUCCUCAUUGGCACGGCUAAGGCUCUUGCCUACUUGCAUGAGGCAAUCGAACCAAAAGUGGUACAUCGGGACAUAAAGUCCAGCAAUAUACUGAUUGAUGAAGACUUCAAUGCGAAGGUCUCCGAUUUUGGUCUGGCUAAGCUGCUUGGUGCUGGGAAAAGUCACAUCACAACUCGUGUCAUGGGUACUUUCGGAUACGUGGCUCCUGAAUAUGCAAAUACCGGCUUUUUAAAUGAAAAGAGUGAUGUUUAUAGCUUUGGGGUUUUGCUGUUAGAGGCAAUCACGGGAAGAGAUCCCGUUGACUAUGGUCGAGCUGCUCAAGAGGUAAAUCUAGUUGAUUGGUUGAAAAUGAUGGUUGGAAGUAGGCGCUCUGAGGAGGUGGUAGAUCCAAAUAUUGACACAAGGCCAUCAACUAGAGCCCUCAAGAAAGCCCUCUUGACUGCUUUACGUUGUGUUGAUCCAGAUUCUGACAAGAGACCCAGGAUGAGCCAAGUUGUCCGGAUGCUUGAAUCAGAAGAAUAUCCAAUAUCAAGAGAGGAUCGAAGGCACAGAAGAAGUCGAGCAGGUAGCACGGAUAUGGAAUCCCAACGAGAGAACUCGGACACUGACAAAAGUGACAACCAGGAGCUGAGGCGGCUGUCAGGCACUCUCUGA